AUGUAGAAGUAAGAGCCACUCAAAUCAGGUAGAAUCUAGAACAUUACAAUUAAGUAAUCCCCUUAAAAUCAUAGAAUGGCAAUUAAAAUUUAAUCAGCCUAUAGAUCCUACAUUACCAGAUAAAAAUUAAAGUAGAAUUAGAUAUUUAUUUAAAGCUUAAAAUUAGCAGAAAAAGGACCAAAAAAUCAGGUUAAAUGUAAUUCAACUGAAGAUUACAUUAUUGAGUAUCAUACUAACUCAUAUUCUCCUAAAAUUAAUUAAUCUGAUGUUUCCAAGACACUUUCUAGUAUCCAAAACAAUUAAUAACAAAGAGCUCACUAAAAUUUUAAACGUUAACUAAGUCUCAAAUUAAAACCAAAGGAAACAGAUUAAUCCGAUUUCGAAGAAUUGAAUUAAAACGACUAAACUGUUUUUUAAAAAUAUCUUUAAUCUUCUAAAAAUUGUCCAGGGACUCUUAAAAAUUAAAAAGAGAAAAUAAAUUCAUUUAAUUUUCGUUGUGUCUUGACUUUAGAGAUACUCUAGGCAAAUGACUAAAUAAAAUUAAAAUAACAAAAUCAUAAGAGACAAAAAUUCGAUACAAUUAAAUUAAUUGGUGGGAACACAUAUAAUGGAGAAUGGCUGGAUUCAUUACCAGAUGGCAAAGGCAAAUACAUUUUUUCUGAUUAAUCUUAUUAUUUAGGAGAAUUUGUAAAAGGAUUAUUUCAUGGCAAAGGCGAAUUUAAAAGUAAGGAAGGGACCUAUUAUCGAGGACAAUGGUAAUACAAUAAAAUGCAUGGUUAAGGUACAUACAAUUAUAAUAAUGGAUGCAAAUAUGAAGGUAUUAUGCAAUAAAAUUAACAUAAAGGUAGUUGGGAAAGAGAUUUGCCUAAUGGAAAGGGUAUAGAAUGGUAUGCUAAUGGUUCUGUUUAUGUGGGUAGUUUUCUAGAUGGAGAAAAACAUGGAACAGGGAAAUUAACAUUUAAUAUUGGAGAAAUUUAUGAAGGUGAAUUUCAAUUCGAUAAUAUCAAUGGAUAAGGAACAUAUGUAUAUAUUAAUCUUGAAAUAAUUAGAGAUGGUAAGAUGGGAGAAUCUAUGAAGGAGAAUGGUUUAAUGGCAAAAUGAAUGGAAAAGGACUCAUGACUUGGUCUGAUGGGCGUUCGUAUAAGGGCGAAUAUUUGAAUGAUCAAAAACAUGGCUUUGGAAUAUUUUCUUAUUUUGAUGGUCGGAAAUACAUAGGUCAAUGGAAGAAUGGACUAUAACAUGGAUAAGGAGAAUUUCAUAAGGGAGGUGGAAUAUAAUACAUUACCAAAGGAAUUUGGAAGGAAGGGUAAUUAGUUAAAUUGCUCUGA